UUUCUUUGUUUAAAAAAAAAGAAGGAAAUGUUUUGGGACACCGCGGGGGGUGGAGCGGGGCGGAGCGGGGCGGCUGGAAAGUUCCGGGCCGGUUUCCGAAGCGCGGGAGGCGGGCGGGAUGGCGGACGGGCGGACUCGGGUCGGCUGCCCAGGCUGAGGCGCAGUCGGGUCCGUCUUCUCCCCCCGUGGCGGCGGUGACGUGCGGGGGUCGGCGGCAACUGUCACUUCUCGCCCUGCGGGGCGCGGAAACGGGGUUUGCAGGCGCUAGCUUGUUUCCAGCCCAGUGUAACCGGAGCAGCCGACAUCCCGGCGACACCCGCCCUCCCGGUGUCCGGCCGGGGCUCCGGGCUGCGCGCCUCUCGCCCUCGGCAGGAAUGGCGGCCACGUGACGGCAGGUCGUGGACGGCGUGGGAGUGCGGGCACGACACGGCGAGAGUUUCCUCACGGGGGUUCAAGUUCGCGACGCGGGUCCCCGGAUGGCGCGGUGCUUGUUCCCCCACUCCACGCACGAAGCGGUUUGCGCUCGGCCGAGUGGGAGUCCCUGCCGAUCAGGCGCUCGUUCUUGCAGGUACCUUGACCGUCGGCGGCGGGAUGGACUAACCGCGGACACCCCACAGCGAGAGAGAGAGAGAGCGCGCGCGAGAGAGAGACAGAGCGAAUUCCCCCGAGCGACCCUGCGGCGAGCGAGAGCGCCCCGUCCUGUGCCGGAGCGAGGCAGCGGCGAGGGUUGUGCGGUUGCGCCCGUGUGCGAGUGGCGCUGGCCGGCGCCGGGACUCCGAGACCAUGGCUCUGAUGGACAAGCACAAGGUCAAGCGGCAGAGACUGGACCGCAUCUGUGAAGGCAUCCGCCCCCCCAUCCUGAAUGGGCCGAUGCACCCGCGCCCCCUGGUGGCCCUGCUGGAUGGGCGCGACUGCACCGUGGAGAUGCCCAUCUUGAAGGACGUGGCCACCGUGGCCUUCUGUGAUGCCCAGUCCACACAUGAGAUCCACGAGAAGGUGUUGAACGAAGCAGUGGGCGCGCUGAUGUACCACACCAUCACGCUGUCCCGGGACGAUCUGGACAAAUUCAAGGGCCUGCGGGUCAUCGUGCGGAUCGGCAGCGGGUUCGACAACAUCGACAUCAAGGCCGCCGCCGAGCUAGGGAUCGCGGUGUGCAACGUGCCCUCGUCCUCGGUGGAGGAGACGGCCGACUCCACGCUCUGCCACAUCCUCAACCUGUACCGGCGCGUCAGCUGGCUGCACCAGGCGCUGCGGGAGGGCACGCGCGCCGCCAGCGUGGAGCAGAUCCGCGAGGUGGCCGGGGGCGCCGCCAGGAUCCGCGGAGAGACGCUGGGCAUCAUCGGGCUGGGGCGCGUCGGGCAGGCCGUGGCGCUGCGGGCGAAGGCCUUCGGGUUCAGCGUGAUCUUCUACGACCCCUACCUGCCGGACGGCGUGGAGCGCUCCCUGGGCCUGCAGCGCAUGGCCACCCUGCAGGACCUGCUGGUGCACAGCGACUGCGUCUCGCUGCACUGCAGCCUGAACGAGCACAACCACCACCUCAUCAACGACUUCACCAUCAAACAGAUGCGCCAGGGGGCGUUCCUGGUGAACACUGCGCGGGGGGGGCUGGUGGACGAGAAGGCGCUGGCGCAGGCGCUGAAGGAGGGCAGGAUACGGGGGGCUGCGCUGGAUGUCCACGAGACUGAACCCUUCAGUUUCUCUCAGGGACCUCUGAAGGACGCCCCAAAUCUGAUCUGCACCCCACACACUGCCUGGUACAGUGAGCAGGCUUCCAUUGAGGCCAGAGAAGAGGCAGCCAGGGAGGUCAGGAGAGCCAUCACAGGACGUAUCCCAGAGAACCUGAAGAACUGCGUCAACAAGGAGUACCUGAUGGCCGCCGCCCAGUGGCCCAGCAUCGACCCAGCCGCCGUGCACCCUGAGCUCAAUGGAGCCGCGGCCUACAGGUUCCCGGCAAGUAUGGUGAGCGUGACGGCGGGCGGCCUGCCGGGCACGGCGGCCGUGGAGGGGCUGGUGCCGGGCUCCCUGCCCAUCGCUCACGGCAUCGCGCCGGUGUCCCACCCGCCACACGCCCCCUCGCCCGGCCAGCCGGCCAAGCCCGAGCCGGACAGAGAGGUCCCCGCUGACCAAUAGCACCAGAUCCACACAUUCCUGCUCGGACUUCACCUCCCACAGGCAGUUGCUGGCCACCCUGUCCGGUCCGGUCCGGUCCGGCCCGGCCAGGCCCAGGCCUACAGGACAGUACAUGACCCCUCGGAACAGCCUGGAGUGACCUGCCUGUGUCGCUCCCCUGAUUUCUCUGUCUCUCCUUCUCCUCUGUCUCCUCUCUGUCCCCCCUUCCCCGUCGGUAAGCAAUAAUUGACUCCUCAAAGACUUUUUUCUAUUUCUAUUUUCCUCAUUUUUUUAAAUCUGUUUUGAAUCUGAAAAGGAUUAUAAAUAUAUAUAGAUCUAUUUUGCUUUUUUCUUUUUCCACGUUCUGGAGCCGACCUCCUCAACUUAAUUGUGACUUAAUUUUUUUUUUUUAACAGUGCAGUAUUAAGUGCUGAGAGGCUUUGUAGACAGGGCUUCCUCCGAGCCAGGAAUCGCGAUGUUUUAAAUGAAAGUCCAGAACCUAACCGAUGGGCAAGAGCCACUCAGCUCAGAACAGGCUUGUUUUAUUUUCUUUUCUCCCUUGAGAGUUUGGUCGUUGCUGUUUCUGGCACAUCAGGCUAUCGGCAGUUCCCCGAGGAAUAAAACAGAUUUUUAUACGAUAAAGUAA